UAAAAUAUACCGACACAUUAGGCUUCAUCGUUAUAAGUGAAAUAAAUUAUUCUUUGAGUUCAUUUCAGUCCCAAGAACUGAAAGCUACAUUUUACAUGUGAUAUAUAUGUCAGGGGUGAAUAAAAGUAUUGCGUUUAAAUAACACCUGUCCCCUCAUAACAAGCUUCAAAGUUUCUCUAAAUCACCGUACAUGUACAUAAAGAUCCGCACAUCAAAACAGUGAUAACAUAAAUACACGGGCGUCAGCCGUGCGUUUUCUCACGACUGUCACACCUGUGUCGUAGUACAGUGUGUCGACGAAGUAGAGUACUUGAGAACACGUGUUUCAGCUAGAUAGUUCUCAAUAUCGGAGUGAUAUGCAUUAAUACCAUUUUAAACCUGUUUCUAUGAUAGAUCAAUAACCGAAAACCGACAAUGCACAUUGAUAUUUCAUCAGUGACAGCUGGACUACUAAUUCACGGGCUUCCUUGUGUAAUCAUCCGCGAGGGUAGCUACCCGCUCAGAUAAGUCAGGUAAUGCCCAUGGGAAUUACUGAUCUGUUUUCAUAUUAGCUCAUUAUUCGUGAUAAGGAUAAGCGGUAUUCAAUUAAUAUUUUAAUUUGUCGCACUUGACGACACAGAAGCAACUGUAUUGAUCGUUGACUGAGCUACAAUGUUUUCGUGGAAUCUUCUCAUUUGGCUGUACAUUUCCACGCUAAGUAACGUCACAUGUUCUUUGAUAUUGGGGUCCAAUGUUGCAAGGCCUUGUGUGUGCUUGCAGCACUACUUAUAUACAAAGAAAGCGCUUACCCUAAUAGAAGAGGAAGGAGGCGCUGGAAGAUUAUUUGUAAUGGAACAACAGGGAACAAUUUAUUCGUAUACCUCUACUUUCGGAAAUAAGAAACUAUUUUUGAAUUUGACGUCAUUAGUAGAAUAUGACGAAAACAACGUCGACGAACGUGGGCUCUUGAGUAUGGCGCUGCAUCCGAGAUUUUCCGAAAAUGGUAAACUAUAUAUAUACUCCAUUCGGAAAUUCAAAGGCGAACUGUUAGCUUUCGUCACUGGGCUUCAAGAAAUUUCUGGACGGGUUGAUAAAUCAAAGGAACAAUUUUUGAUGGUAAUACGGCAACACAACGAUAAAAGAAAUGGCGGACAGCUAUUAUUUGGUAAGGACGGAUAUCUAUACAUAUUUGUGGGCGAUGGAGGCCUGUCAUCCAGUGCACAGAACAUGACAUCUAUGCUGGGGAAGGUUCUCCGCAUAGACAUCGAUCACAGUAGGGUACAGAACAACCAGAUCCUGUACUACGUCAUACCACACGAUAACCCGGAAUUAAACGGUCUUCCCGAGAUCUAUGCUUGGGGUUUUCGGAAUCCUUGGCGAUGUAGUUUGGAUAUUGGAAGUUCUAGCGGUGAUAUAUACUGUGGUGACCUUGGAGAAGGUAACCAAGAGGAAAUAGAUUUCAUCCAGAAGGGCCUCAACUAUGGAUGGAACAUUAAAGAGGGCGACAGUUGUGUGAAUCAAUCCUGCAACAUAACAAGUUCCGAGGGCAAGCCAAUCUUCGCCUAUACCCACUCUAAGGGACCAGCCGCCGUGGUUGGUGGAUAUGUAUACAGAGGAAAUUCUAUGAAGAACCUCACUGGAAGAUACAUAUUCGCUGACAUUUUCACAAAAACAUUCCUAUAUACAUUAAAAAAGAAGGACGCCACUAAUUGGGAGGAGACACACUUGUACUACUGUAACCUGAGUCAGUGCCCGUGCCACGCCAGGGAGGCCCUGGGAGAGGAUUACAUAGUUUCGUUUUCCCAGGACAGGAAAGGAGAAAUUUAUCUACUGUCCACAAAAUCAUUUCAUGGGAAAUCAACUGAAGACAGAUUACUUAAACUUGUACCUCCCAAUCACGUGAACACCGUAUGUGGAGCUUCGUCUCUAUUCAGUUACUGGACAACAAACAUAUCUGUGUUAGUGACAUUAGUAUUCAAUUUGAUUUUUAAAAAGUAUUUUGACACCUUCAUUAGCUAGUACAAGUUAGAACAUUUGUAAGUGACUGUGUUUCUCAGCAAUGGAAUGGUUUUAGGCUUCAGCAAUUCAUGGCGUUUAGUCCGUGCCUUAACCUGCGGGUCUGGGAAUCUACAAUGAACAGGCUUGGGGCUCCUACCAGCUGUGUGAUAAUUACGGGAAUAAAAUAUAUAGCACUUGAUUAGUAUGAUGUUUUGCAUGUGAAAAUUAUGAGGAAUGUUCAGGGAAUAAUCAUAUGAUUCGUUACUUAGUGGCAUUUUUAUUGCCAAAGUAACAAUGCACGGAUGGUUUAUUUCAAUGAACUAGGAAAUUGGAGGUUAGUUUUGACUUGUCAAAGCACAAGAUGAUAAUAAGAGUUGGUCACUAUCUUCAAACGAUUAUUCCUUGACAAUUAAUGCUAAUUGAGCAAAAAAAUUAAAAUUAAAGACCAUUUUUAAAAAUAAAGUUCAACAAUUAGUUCGAUUAGCAGAAAUAACAAUAGUGAUGAGAGGGGUAUGCGGGUUAUACAAUGUACGUGUUCAGUAUAUAUAGCAGAUCACAGGAAUACAUGUAUCACGCACAGAGAUUGAAUGGCACUCAAAAGGCCCCUGUAUUAUAUUGGUUUAUUCAUAUCAUCAAUGUUUCAUGACAUUUGCAUUGAUUAUUGAAUUAUCAUAUUUGUUUUUAUAGACGGGAAUUUUUCUGUCAAUUUAUGAAAAUGUGUAUCUAUUACAAGAAUAAAAUUUCGUAAUU